AUGGAUAAAUUAAAAGAAAAACUCGCCAACUUGAAAUUGGAUGCUGAAAAAUGGCAAGAAAAACAUGAUGACUUGCAAGUCAAAGUUAAAGAAUUAGAACAAGAAAAUCUUGAAAAAGAUAACCAAAUUCAAGCUUUAACCAGAAAGAAUGAAACUUUAGAAGAAAACUUGGAAAAAUUAGAAGAACAAGUCACUGAACAUAAGACUGCUGCUGAAGAAUCUCAUUCAUUGAAAUCACACAACGAAAACUUCACAAAGAAGAAUCAACAAUUAGAAGAAGAAUUGGAAGAAUCUGAUAAAAACUUGAAAGAAACCACUGAAAAAUUACGUGAAACUGACUUGAAAGCUGAACAAUUGGAACGUAAAGUUACUUCUUUAGAAUCCGAACGUGAAGAUUUAGAAAAGAAAUAUGAAGAAUUAUCUGAAAAAUACGCUGCUGCUAAGGCUGAAUUGGAUGAAAUUUCAGCUCAAUUAGAAGCUAUCUAA